GUGGGAGGAAGGCAGCGGGCUGAGUGCGAGCCUUCCUCUCCAUCCUCCUCCUCCUCGUCCUCCUGCAGCCCCCCUGACGCCCCCUCCUCUCUCUGUUCCAGGUGUGAAGCCCCCGCCGGGAGGAGGUCGUUCCUCUGCUGGCUGCAGCCCUGACGCUGGGAUUUUCCUUUUUUUGGCUUUUUUUUUUUUUUUUUUUUUUUUUUUUUUCGGCCCCACCACCUCCCUCCUUCCCUCCCUCGCUCCCUCCCUCCAGGAAUCCAGCGCUGCACCGAAGCCAGAAGAGAGGGAGCAAAACCCAGCCCAGGCCGAGAGCCGCGUCCUGAAACCAAACCCGCCCUUCGCAUCGCAAAGGAGAUUUUUUUUUUAAAUCAUUAUUAUUAUUUUUAUUUUUAAUACCCCUGACCCGAGCACGGUGGCGGCAGCGGCGCCGGGGCAGGGAGGCUGUCCCGGUUAUUUAUUCUCUCCCCGCAGAGCUGUCCCUCCGGCUCACCAUGAUGUUCCGAGACCAGGUUGGCGUGCUGGCCGGGUGGUUCAAGGGCUGGAACGAGUGCGAGCAGACUGUUGCGCUGCUCUCCCUGCUCAAACGCGUCAGCCGGACCCAGGCUCGCUUCCUCCAGCUCUGCCUCGAGCAUUCCCUGGCAGACUGCACCGAGCUCCACAUCCUCGAAGGGGAGGCCAACAACCCCGGAAUCAUUAACCAGUGGCAACAGGAAUCCAAGGAUAAAGUGAUCUCCCUCUUGUUAACCCACCUGCCUUUACUGAAGCCCGGCAACAUCGAGGCGAAAGUCGAGUACAUGAAACUCUUGCCCAAAAUCCUGGCGCACUCCAUCGAGCACAACCAGCACAUCGAGGAGAGCAGGCAGCUGCUGUCCUAUGCCUUGAUCCACCCUGCCACCUCCCUGGAGGACAGGAGUGCCCUGGCCAUGUGGCUCAACCACCUGGAGGACCGCACGUCGGGGGGCUUCGGCGGGCAGGGCCGGGGCCGCUCGGACUCGCUGGACUACGGGCAGGCUCACUACUAUCACCAAAGACAGAAUUCUGACGACAAACUCAACGGGUGGCAGAACUCUCGGGACUCCGGCAUCAGCGUCAGUGCCUCCAGCUGGCAGGACAAAAACCUGGCCUGUGAGAACGGCCACCUGCCCCUCUACUCCUCCUCCUCCGUCCCCACCACCAUCAACACCAUCGGCACUAGCACAAGCACCAAUGUCCCAGCCUGGCUGAAGAGCCUCCGGCUGCACAAGUACGCCGCCCUCUUCUCCCAGAUGACGUACGAGGAGAUGAUGGCCCUCACCGAAUGCCAGCUCGAGGCACAAAAUGUUACCAAAGGCGCAAGACACAAAAUAGUCAUCAGUAUCCAAAAGCUAAAAGAAAGACAAAACCUGCUCAAAUCUCUAGAAGGGGACAUCCUGGAGGGCGGCAACUUGCGUGUCCCACUGCAGGAGCUGCACCAAAUGAUCCUCACCCCCAUCAAAGCCUACUCCUGCCAAAACUCGAGCACGGAGGAGCAGAGCCGGGACGUGGACUCGCACCACCCCUCCCUGCUGGGCUCGGACAGCCAAGGCUCGGAGUGCAAGGACUCGGCGGGGGCCGGGAUGCAGCAGCAUCACCUGCCAGGGUGCGAGGGCGAGUCCGGGGGGGCCCCUUUGCCCGAGGGUGACCUGCCUGGCCAGUUCACCCGAGUGAUGGGGAAAGUCUGCACACAACUUUUAGUUUCCCGACCCGAUGAAGAGAAUAUAAGUUCCUAUUUACAGCUCAUAGACAAAUGUUUAAUCCAUGAGGCGUUUACAGAGCUCCAGAAGAAGCGGCUGCUGUCAUGGAAACAGCAGGUGCAGAAACUCUUUCGGUCUUUCCCUCGGAAAUCCCUCCUGGAGCUGUCAGGCUAUCGGCAGCAGAGGAGCCGAGGCUUUGGCCAGUCCAACUCCCUCCCGACAGCCGGAUCCGCGGGGGCAGGGCUGGCACGGAGGAACCCCCGGCAGUUCCAGAUCCCCUCCCGCAACCUCCCCACGGCCCGGCUGGGGCUGCUGGGCCCCACGGGGCUGCUGGGCACCCCCCAGCGCAGCCCUGCCGCCAGCCCCGCCAUCCUCAAGCAAGGCAGACAGAACCUGUGGUUUGCCAACCCUGGGGGCAGUAACAGCAUGCCCAGCCGGAGCCACAGCUCGGUGCAGAGGACGCGCUCGCUGCCGGUCCACACGUCCCCGCAGACCAUGCUGAUGUUUCAGCAGCCAGAGUUCCAGGUGCCGGUGACUGAACCUGACAUCAACAACAGGCUGGAGUCCCUGUGCCUGAGCAUGACGGAGCACGCACUCAGCGAUGGUGUCGACAGAACCUCCACGAUCUAGAAGGCGUCGCCACGGGGACGCUGGCUGGGACAACAACUGCUGCGGGUCCAGCGGCGAGGUCGGGGCUUGAGGGAGCCUCAGCGAUAGCUUGCAUCCUUUCUCCUCUCUCCUCUCCUCUCUCUCUCUCUCUCUCUCUCCUGUUUUAAUUUUGUGAAUGUGUAGAUUGUCCUUGUGAACAUAUCAUUAGACUUGGAAUUUGUGUUGUCAUUUAUUACAUCCAUGCUAAAGGGGGGGGGGGAAGAUGGCAAAAAGAAAAAUCUCAGCGACGAUGACGAGGCAGCGUGGGGAGGUUGGGGGGGACACGGAGGAGGAGGAGGAGAGUGCUGACAACAGAGGGUUCACCAGAGCACCGUGGGCAAACCCUGUUCCUGGAGGAGGAUACCAAGGAGCAUGGAACACCACGCAGGGCUGUGUGACCAAAAUCCCUUUGGGGAGGAUUUGCCUGCCCUGCCGGGGGCUCCGGGGCCGGCAGUCCCGUCUCUCGAGUUCUGCCACGUUCUGGCACGGACUGACCCAGCGAGCCCAGAUUGAAACAGAAAUAAAAUAACCCCAAAAUUUCCUUUCAGUUUAGCCAAGAGAUCUGCAGUGUGGAGGCAGCAUUGUGCUCAGGGCAGUGCAGGGUCGGCAGGUGCAUCCUGCUUGGAUCGGGAUGCGGGAUGGAGCGGGAUCUCACCCAGAGGAGGGUCCCGGGGGGAGUCUGUGAACUGGGGGACACUGGGAGAGUUUCUGUGUCUCUUGCCUUGCCUGCACAGGUACUGGGAAGCUGCUGCAUCCUGGCUCCACACAUCUGGCCCAGCCUGCGAAAAUCUGGCUCUAAGGGGCUUUUCCAGCGUGGCCAAGGAGGGAUGAAGGAGCCCCCAAAUAAAACCCAAGCCACAAAAGGCACCAAAAUGCAGCUUCACAGCUUUGUUUUCUUGGCAUUAACCGUGUGCUGGGGGGGAGAUGGGGCUGGGCUGCUCCUCACCCAUCACUUCUUUUUAGAACAGGAGCUGAAUUUGGUGUUAAAUUGGUAAAUCUGAGCUGGCGCUUCUCAGACCUGCAGUGAUGCUCCCGCCGGUCCCGAUGCUGCUCCAAGUCCUUGGAUGGAAAAAUAAGAAAUGUAAAAUCAAUUAAUUGAGUUGAUGGCUUGCAGCAAUAUUUCCAAACCGGGCUGUGAGGAUAUGGGCAGCACCAUGUGCCAGGAUCAGAGGGAGCAGGGCUCAGGGGUAGCCUGAGCAUGGGCAGGGCUGGGAGAUGUGUGAAUCCUUUUGUCAUGCAGCAUUCUUAAGUUGUUUUUCUAAAAAGAAAAAAAAAAAAGAAAAAGAAAAGAUACAUAUAUAUAUACAUAUAUAUAUAUAUAUAUACACACAUAUAUAUAUAUACAAAAACCCAAGUGCCAAAUGCAAUGUUUUAUGUUUGCUGUUCCUUGGUGUCCUGCUUCCCGGCAGACAAGAGGUUGAGGGGGGGUGAUGGGGAGGGUGGAGAAGGGAAAAUCUGAAGGCCAGGGAGGUUGGGAAGAGGUGUGAGGAGGUGAAGGCAAAGCGGGGUCGGCGCUGGGGACCUGGGUCACCCCCAAGCACCCCCAGCUUGUGAGGUGUGAGCAGAACCACCGUAGCAGGAGCCUCCCUCAGGGAGACUCCAGUGUAUUUACAGAGCUGAAAUUCUAUUUAUUCCUUCGCUGACUACGGACACGGAGGUUUUCUGAUUGUUCAGAGAGAUUAUUUUGGAUAUUUUACCUAUUAACUUGCUAUGGCUGGGAACCAUGAUAAUGUCUGUUAUUAACAACCACCAAAUAAUUCAAUUGUUUUAUCCUUUUGAUGUUAAAAAAAAAAAGAAAAAAAAAGCUUAUUUUCCAUUGACAGUCUAGAGGUUAAUAACGACUUAGUUGUGUUUGCUGUUUCUUGUUUUGUUUUUUGAGUAAAAAACAACAAAAAAGUGGCUUCAGUUGCGUUCGGGAAGUGCUGCCUGGCUCUGGCUGCCGGUGCUAAGUGCGGGUGGCAGAGCUCCAGGGAAAGAAGCUUAAAAGUGGGGGGGAGAAAAAAAAAAAAAACCAAAAAAAAAACCUUGAAUCCUAAAAGAAAUAAAAAUUAUUUAUAAAAAGAAAAAAAAAAAAAGAAAACAAAAAAAAACCAACCCCAACAGUUGCACGAGUGAGGCUGUGAAGUCAAAUAUUCAAUAAUAAAGCGGCAGUGCCUUUCUUUUUGUAUCCCCCGCUCGCCCCACUGCAGCUGUCCCCUCCGUGUCCCGGCCGAGGUGUCGCCACCGCGGGGUCCUGGGCAAGUCCCCCCCUCCCUCUGCUCGCCCAGCCCCAACCCCGGACCCCGGGGACCUUUUCCUGGUGCUGUUCCCCUGAGCUGUCCCCGGAGGCGACACCCGCGGGGACACAACCCCAUCCCCGGGGACACCGAGCUGGGCUCAGCUCAGCAAAACCCUCCAGAAAAAUCCCGGGUGGGGAGGGAGAGGUCGAGCCCGGGCAGCAUCCAGCAGGAAAAUCCCAAACUGUGAUUAAAGCGAGUUGGGUCAGCACUUAGGGAAACGAUUUCUGUUGUCACCUUUCUCCAUGUCGGGUUUGGCUUUCGGAAUGUGCCUGAUGGAAAGUGGGUCCCGCAGACGUCUAUAAUUUGCACACAGCGACGAUAACACUAAAGUUGAUUUUAUACGAUUCAUCAGAGUUUGCAAAAGUGAGUUUUAUUUUUUGUAUUCCUUUAUCUUUACUUAAAGGUGAAUGUGUAUUCCUCUGGGAGGAAUAGGAAGAAAAAAAAAAAAAAAAAAGAAAAAUACAUAAAGAAACAGGAAUGUUAAUAAUGUUAAACAGAAUACUUCCUCCCUUAUUAAUAUAUAUAACCCUGAUGUAUUUAUGCCUAUUGUAAGCUGACUUUAAAGAGCUUUGACCUCUCUUCUGUUGCAUGCCGUUCCCGGGCAGCCUCUCCUUGUCCAUGCAUGCCUUUUGUCCUGGUUUUUCUGUACAAAAUUAGUGCACAAAAGAACUAUUUUUGCCUAGUUAAUGUUGCCGAGCAAUGCCUAUUUUUUAAAUUUUAAUUUCUUUUUAUUUUUUUUAAUUUUUUUUUUGGUCAUAUAUGGCAAUAGCAUGUUUGUUACAUGUAAAAGCUUCCCGAUAUAAAGAAAUACUAAUGUUUGGAGAUGCCAGUCUUUGCAAGUGUACAGUUUUCCAAUGUUGUUCCCAGUGAAACACCCUCGUGAUUUCCACUUGCUCCGAUGUAUUUAUUACUCAUUUCCUCCCGUGUAACUAGGAACCAUGGCUAUAUUUCAUAUCUGCGCUAUAUUGAAAGUGAAGGGAGAUGAUUAAUACAAGGUUUUGUAACA